GAGAGAGAGAGAAUGAAUUUGACGAUUUUGAAUUCUAGCUGUGAAUCCAUGAGACCAUUCAACUUUGUUGAAACUGGAAGCAAUAAAUGAGGUGCAGAGCUGCAACACUCUCUUACAAAAUUGAUUUAGCAAGUUUUUUUUUAGUGUAAGUCAUUUUCAGCCUUUGAGGGUAAAUUAUUCUACCUUGCAAAUGUUUUACUUACUUCAUAUCAAACCAAACACCGGAAAAUAGAGAAAUAUUUUACCUCAAAACAAUGGAGCCUGAGUGCACGCUUGGCAACUUCUGUGUCUACCAUGUACCAAGCAAUAGCCGUUUUGGUUUGAUGCAUGGUCGAAAGAAAGGUCAUGCAUAAUGAACUGUGGACAGAUUCUGUGAAAAUUCGUUGAAAAUCUCAUAAAUGUAACAAAAGUUUUAUUGUGUAACUGAAAGAGAUUAGAAAAAAAAAAAAAGCCUUAGGAAGCAACAUGGUCUUUUCAAGUGGGUAUGCCUUCAUUUAUUGGUACACAUAAGGUGAAGUCGUGCUUCAUGUGAUCAACAACUUAACCAGCAAUCAGAAACAAGAAAAUGAUUGUCAACGCCUACUUGGCAUAGAUUCUUGGGAGGUUCAAUCGCGCUCGUGCAGCUCAACUGACACUCCCACACUUCAUUUCCCAGACACCUUUGUUUAUGCCCGUGGGCACAAAAGGGACAAUAAAAGGCUUGACAACCAGCCAGCUUGAGGAAAUUGGUUGCCAAAUAAUACUGGGGAAUACAUAUCACUUGGAACUCCAACCUACAUCUGAACUGAUUGAUGAGUUAGGGGGUCUCCACAAAUUUAUGAACUGGCCGAGGGCUUUGCUUACAGAUUCUGGUGGCUUUCAAAUGGUCUCAUUACUGCAUUUAGCUGACAUUACAGAAAAUGGUGUCACGUUUCAGUCGCCAGUUGAUGGAAAGCGAAUGCUAUUAACGCCCGAAGAAUCAAUUCAGAUCCAAAAUAGAAUUGGAGCAGAUAUUAUCAUGGCUCUUGAUGAUGUUGUGAAAACCACCAUUACUGGGCCACGAAUUGAAGAAGCUAUGUAUCGAACUCUUCGUUGGAUUGACAGGUGUAUAGCAGCUCACAAGAGACCAAAUGAGCAGAAUUUAUUUGGUAUUGUACAAGGUGGUUUAGAUCCUGUAUUAAGGGAUAUAUGUGUCAAAGGUUUGGUGGAGCGGAAUUUACCUGGCUAUGCUAUUGGUGGUCUUUCAGGCGGUGAAGAUAAAGAUUCAUUUUGGCGUGUUGUUGCUCAGUGCACUGCUGCGCUGCCUGAAGAUAAACCACGAUAUGUUAUGGGAGUUGGCUAUCCACUGGAUAUUGUUGUUUGCAGCGCUUUAGGUGCUGACAUGUAUGAUUGUGUCUAUCCUACCCGUACUGCUCGCUUUGGAACUGCUCUUGUACCUGAGGGAAUUCUAAAGCUGACACACAGAGCAAUGGCUGAUGAUACUCGCCCCGUUGAUCCUACCUGCACGUGCAUGGUCUGCAAAACAUAUACGAGGGCUUACAUUCAUUGCCUUGUUACGAAAGAUGCCAUGGGAUCUCAGCUUCUGUCGUAUCACAACUUGUAUUACAUGCUGAAGCUUAGCAGAGAUCUACACUCGUCAAUUAUUAAAGGACAGUUGCCUGAGUUUGUAUGUGGCUUCCUGCAGAAAAUGUUCCCUAAAGGCGAUGUCCCUGAGUGGGUCUGCAAUGCCAUGGAGGUUGCCGGAAUUGAUAUCUCAUCCUGCUGUGCUCCAUUCUCAUCAUCGCAAGAUUAGAUAGUUCUCGGAACUUAAAUUAGGAGUUUUAGUGCAUUCACUUGAAAUGGAAUUUUGACAAAGAAGUAGGUUGAUUUAUUGCAGCAUAAAUUUUGUAGUUACAUAUGCUGCUGCGCGGGGAUGUCUCCCAAAUUUGGGGGAUACUUCGUUCCAAUCGAUUUGUAAAAUUUGGUUGCCAAUCGGAAGAUUCUCCUUGGUGAUU